CGGCCGUUGCUUGGCUCUGUGGUGUAGCCCAGAGAUGAAGCUCCUGUGCUGUUUUUGUCUGUUGUGGCUUGUACUCCUACCGCCUGCUCUCUCCUCCAUAGAUGAAGACAGAGUCAAACGCAGGAAGCUGUGCGGCAGGUACCUGCUGUUAGAAAUUAUAAGAAUCUGUGGCACGGGUGACUGGAGCCAGUUCAAGAUGAGCAAGCAAACUCCUAUGAUGCACUUGGCUCCCCAAUCCUCACAAAAUGUCAAAACCUUCAGCCCUGACCGGAUCCCAUCUUUGGCCUGGGGAAGAUUCAAAAACCCAGCCCAUGCAGGUGCCUCUCAGGAGAAAGCAAUAAACACUUGGGAAGCUCAAUCCCAGCCUGACUAUCAGUUUGAGAAGGCCAACUUGCUUCCUAAGGCAGAGUUUUCAUCCCACGAUAUGAGUGCCUAUGGUGAACGUGCAAAACUUCAGAAGAAACGCACAAACAAAAUCAAUGCCUUCGAGGGAGAUCAUCCCCAAAGGGUACCUAGAGGUUUUGCAGAUAAAUGCUGUCAGAUAGGAUGUACGAAACCGGAGCUGGCUGUUGCGUGUAUCCCGUAA